AAUAGCAACUUAGCUUGUCCGUACCAUAGACUGGGUCAGUGGGACUGGGUCUCUGAGCGUUGUGAAAUCCCUUUGUGGAUUCCAAAACUGCUUUUAAAACAUUUACGGCGGUCAGUCAUGGGUUACCCAUGGGAGUCAGUACUGAUUGACUAUGAUUAGGAUAUGCUUUGAUUUUGGUACUGGGUAUUUCCAUGCUCCCAGACUUCCCCUCUGUAUCCUGUGUUUCACGUCACGAUGCUAUGAACUAUGGCUGUGAGAAUGGGUGUGAACAGCAUAGCAUGACAUCCUGGAGCUCUAAAACCUCAUUCACUGCAGAGAGUCAACAAGUGCAGACGGCUGUCAUCCAUCAGAGCUCAGACACUGUUUCUAUCUGGAGUUAGAGGAACUCUUUGACCGUCACUGAGAGGAGAAAUGGAUCAGAACCAGCUGGACCGAGGGAGGUUCUGCUGUUCCAUCUGUCUGGGUCUGCUGAAGGAUCCAGUGACUACCUCCUGUGGACACAGCUACUGCAUGAACUGUAUUAAAAGUCACUGGGAUGGAGAGGAUGAGAAGAGAGACUACAGCUGUCCUCAGUGCAGACAGGUCUUUAGACCGAGGCCUGUCCUGAGGAAAAACACCAUGUUAGCAGAUUUAGUGGAGGAGCUGAAGAAGACUGGACUCCAAGCUGCUCCUGCUGAUCACUGCUAUGCUGGACCUGAAGAUGUGGCCUGUGACGUCUGCACCGGGAGGAAACGGAAAGCCUACAACUCCUGUCUGCAGUGUCUGGCUUCUUACUGUGAGAAACACCUUCAGCCUCAUCUUGAAGUAGCUCCACUGAAGAAACACAAGCUGGUGGAGCCCUCCAAGAAGCUCCAGGAGAAGGUCUGCUCUCGUCAUGAUGAGGUGAUGAAGAUGUUCUGUCGUACUGAUCAGCAGUCUAUCUGUUAUCUCUGCUCUGUGGACGAACAUAAAGGCCACGACACGGUCUCAGCUGCAGCAGAAAGGACUGAGAGGCAGAGAGGGCUGGAGGGGAGUCGACUAAACAUCCAGCAGAGAAUCCAGGACAGAGAGAAAGAUGUGAAGCUGCUUCAACAGGAGGUGGAGGCUAUCAACGGCUCCGCUGAUAAAGCAGUGGAGCACAGUGAGGAGAUGUUCGCCGAGCUGAUCCGUCUCAUGGAGAAAAGACGCUCUGAUGUGAAGCAGCAGGUCAGAUCCCAGCAGGAAACUGAAGUGAGUCAAGUCAAAGAGUUUCAGGAGAAGCUGGAGCAGGAGAUCACUGAGCUGAAGAGGAGAGACGCUGAGCUGCAGAAGCUGGCACACACAGAGGACCACAACCAGUUUCUACAGGACUACCCCUCACUGUCAGGACUCAGUGGAUCUACACACUCAUCCAGGAUCAAGACCCGUCCUCUGAGGUACUUUAAGGAUGUGACAGCGGCUGUGUCAGGAGUCAAAGAUAAACUACAGGACGUUCUGAGAGAGGGAUGGACAAACAUCUCACAGACAGGGACUGAAGUGGAUGUUUUACUGCCACAACCAAGACCAGAACCAGAGCCCAAGACCAGAGCUGAGUUCUUAAAAUACUCACGUGACAUCACAUUGGAUCCAAACACAGCUAACAAACAGCUGUUAUUAUCUGAUGGGAACAGAAGAGCAACAUAUACGAGACAACAUCUGUCUUAUUCUCGUCACGCAGACAGAUUUACUGAUUUCCGUCAGGUCCUGAGUGGAGAGGGUCUGACUGGACGUUGUUACUGGGAGGUGGAGUGGAGAGGAGGAGUUUAUGUAGCAGUCGCAGACAAGAAUAUCAGCAGAGCUGGGAACUCUACUGAAUGUGUGUUUGGACACAAUGACAAAUCUUGGGCUUUAUAUUGUUCCAACAACAGUUAUAACUUUAGGUACAACAAAGUGAAGACUCCUGUCUCAGGUCCUCAGUCCUCCAGAGUAGGAGUGUACCUGGAUCACAGAGCAGGUAUUCUGUCCUUCUACAGCGUCUCUGAAACCAUGACUCUCCUCCACAGAGUCCAGACCACAUUCACUCAGCCUCUACAUGCUGGACUCUGGAUUUAUUCUUCUGGAUCCUCAGCUGAGUUGUGUAAACUGAAGUAGACUGAAGUCAUUUCAGGGACAGUGGGUUCAGUUUUGUGUUUUAACUCUUCCACUUGUUUUGUCUUCCUGUUUGUUGCUGAGAGAUGAUUGUUGUGGCAUUUCCUCGCCUGUCAAUCAAACAUGUGGGUGGGACUUUGACGUCUUAAUAUCUGUUGUGUUGUUUUGAGUUUUGCUUCUGAUUAUGCGAUGCUAAAUUUAACUUUAUGCUAUUACGUAAUGUCCAGUAAAAAGAGGAAGUAUAAUAAGACUUCAACUUUUCAGUCACUGUUUUUCUUUUCCAUUGAAUCCCUCAUUGAGAUUUAUUUGUGGUUGAAAUGAUCUUUUCUGUGUAUUUGGGGGUAAAGUAGCUCAAACAGAAUUGAAACUUCUUCUUCUACUUUCAUUUAUCAGAUAUAUUUUGUUGUCACCACUUCAUGUAAAGAAAUCUGUAAUCACAUGGACUUUGAUUUGUUUGUCUGAGCACAUGUUGCUGUUUUAAUGAGGCACUAAGAGGUUUAAUGAGACUGUAAAUAUCCUGAUCUUAAUCAAUAAAAAGAUGACACACAGACUUUGUGGUCAAACUAAC